AUGAACAGGAAAUUGGCGUUCGACAAUCGUCUGUGCUAUGAGCGCGAUGUGAUCCGACAGCAAGCACGACAUCAGCGCAAGCUCGAGCAAGUGGUGCCUACCUGCCACUCACCGUCAAAGGUCUAUCUGGACAGCAAUGCUCCCGUAUCGCACCCUCAUUUGGCCACAAAUGCCAAGCGCCAGCAGAUCGAGAGAGAUCGACAGCUCGACAUCUAUAACCAGAAUCAGCGGCUGGCCAACAAGAUGGUCCAGAUCAUGAAUCGCCAAGAGAAUAUCGUGCUGGCUGCUUCCUCUCGAUCGCGACUAACGCAACGCAAGCCUGGUGAGCCUGUGAUGCCAACGUUAGGCGAUGCUGCUAGGAUCCAGACACCGGGAGCUGCGUUCCCUUCGCCUCACAAAUCCGUACACAGUCCAGCACAUAUGCAUAUGCCUGGAAUUCGUCUCGAUGCAACGCAGACGCCUCUGCUGGACUGUCAUUUGUCUCCUGAGUACGCAAUAAAUCGCGGUGACGCCUGCAAGAAGCCUACGCUUGUGAAUCGAGCAGUGCAGAAGCGCCGACAGAAUGCUAUCGACCAAGAAAAUCGCCGUCUCAAGGAGCGACUGGCACAUUUAAAGCCGUACUAUAACACCAAGAAAUGGGACGGAGAGUGGCAGCAACAUGCUCACAAGUUCGGCCACAUGCAUCAAGACGGCACAGUCGGCUAUCUGUUGCCGAAAACCCCAUCGAAAAGGAUGGCUCCACCUUCGCGUGGCGGAUGUAAAACAACUCGAGAGCGUGGGCUAUCCAGAGGUGCCAAUGCGCGGGAACUGCCUUCUCUGGAUCGUAAAAACAAGCACAAUUCCAGUCGAGCUGGACGAAUUAAAGAGCUGCAGGAUAAUCGAUCAAGAUGUCAAGAAAUGGAAGACGAAGAGCUAGUUCGUGAUUUGCCGCCUUGCUUACUUCUUGAAGCCACGACUAGACAAGGCGUCGAGGUGACGGUGGAUGAGUUACAGAUUGAACUGACCCGUUCCGACAUUGCAGAGCUUGGCGAUCGUGGUCUGAUGAUUCACGGAUCUUGGAAAGACAACACCUUCGGAGACCUGUUAGUGAAUCACGAUGCGCUCGUGCAGGUGGCUCAGAUCGUGGAUGACCUCGAGAUCAUGAUUAAGCUCGAGACGGUCUCACAAGUGCCUUCAGCAGGCAAUGUUCCUAGCCUUUCAACAUUACUGACUGAUGACGAAUUACAGAAAUUACUGGUUGGUGUGGUACAACAACUACGAUUUCAAGUGGCCCCAGCUCCACCAGACGCAACAUCAAGUCCUCAGCUCCUUAUUUCAUGGGCAUUGCCGAUUCGAGAUGGCAAUACAAGAGCUGAAAGCUCCUGUCCAACACGAGAGCGAUCACGACCACGUACAUGUCCGUCAACGAUUGUGAGCGAUAAUGAACCCCAGCGUCAAACUUCAGAGAUGCAAGACGAAGAAUACGCAGAUGACUUUAACGAAAUGACUUUCCGCGAUGAUAUCGAAGCAGAUCCUCUCGAUUGGGCUAUUCGAUACAAGAUGGCUGCUAUCCUGAAUCUCGAUGGGAGACGGAGACGAACUGUUGCACGUAAAGACUCAAACUUUUACGUGGUUUCAUCAUGGUUCGACGAAGAAACUGGUAUACAGACCAUAAAAACGACUGGGGUUGGAAGUGCUGCGGAUAUCGAGGUACCUGCAGUGGAGAUCAUGUACAAUAUUACUGAGAUGGAAAAAUUACAACUGCAGUUAGAAGCAGGCUCCCUAACUGUAUCAGAACUGCUAACCAGGACUGUGACUUCACUUCUUCCUUGA